CAUUUCCGGCCCCGCCCACGGCCGCCGUCUCCCUCUGCCCGGGCCUCCUCCCGCGGGGCCCCGCACGGUGCGGGUGGGUUUCGGGCCGCCUUGCAUCUCCCCGCAGCGGCGUGCUGGCCCCGCUGGGGCGUCCGAGCUGCAGCGUCGGCUCCAAGCGCUCCCGCCCGGGCCCCAGGCCGCUGCGCGAGUGUCUACCAUCAUAGAAGGAAUUUCUGCCCCUUGGGGCUGAGAGACACUAGCCUGUCCCCAAGCUGAAACUGCAAGGUGCCAGCCAAAUGUCUUCUCACAAAGGAUCUGUGGUGGCAGCACAGGGCAAUGGGGCUCCUGCCAGUAACAGGGAAACGGACACCAUGGAGCUGGCUGAGCUGGGACCCCUGCUGGAAGAGAAAGGCAAGCGGACUGUCACCAGCCCCAUCAAAGCUGAAGAAGAGCAGGCAUGCCCCGUGCCCCAGGAAGAGGAAGAGGAAGUGCGGGUACUGACGCUUCCCCUGCAAGCCCACCAUGCCAUGGAGAAGAUGGAGGAGUUUGUGUAUAAGGUCUGGGAGGGACGCUGGAGGGUCAUCCCAUAUGACGUACUCCCUGACUGGCUGAAGGACAAUGACUACCUGCUCCAUGGCCACAGGCCCCCCAUGCCCUCCUUCCGGGCUUGCUUCAAGAGCAUCUUCCGCAUCCACACAGAAACUGGCAACAUCUGGACCCAUCUGCUUGGUUUCGUGCUGUUUCUCUUCUUGGGAAUCUUGACCAUGCUCAGACCAAAUAUGUAUUUCAUGGCUCCCCUGCAAGAAAAGGUGGUUUUUGGGAUGUUCUUUUUGGGUGCAGUGCUCUGCCUCAGCUUCUCCUGGCUCUUUCACACCGUUUAUUGUCAUUCAGAGAAAGUUUCUCGGACAUUUUCCAAGCUGGAUUAUUCAGGGAUUGCCCUACUGAUUAUGGGGAGUUUUGUCCCUUGGCUCUAUUAUUCCUUCUACUGCUCCCCACAGCCACGGCUCAUCUACCUCUCCAUCGUCUGUGUCCUGGGCAUUUCUGCCAUCAUCGUGGCACAGUGGGACCGAUUUGCCACUCCUAAGCACCGGCAAACAAGAGCAGGAGUAUUCCUGGGACUUGGUUUGAGCGGUGUUGUGCCCACCAUGCACUUUACCAUCGCAGAGGGCUUUGUCAAAGCCACGACCGUGGGCCAGAUGGGUUGGUUCUUCCUCAUGGCUGUGAUGUACAUCACUGGAGCCGGCCUUUAUGCUGCCCGAAUACCUGAGCGCUUCUUUCCUGGGAAAUUUGACAUAUGGUUCCAGUCUCAUCAGAUUUUCCAUGUGCUGGUGGUGGCAGCAGCCUUUGUCCACUUCUAUGGGGUCUCCAACCUUCAGGAAUUCCGUUACGGCUUGGAAGGUGGCUGCACCGAUGACUCUCUCCUCUGAGCCUUCCUACCCGAGGGGUGGAGCAGGAAUUUCCCAAGUGCUUUUAAAAAUAACUUCUUUGCUGAAGUGAGAGGAAGAGUGUGAGUCGUCUGUCUUGGCCAAGCUGCAGCCCACGUUCACACCCACUGGGCAAUAAACUCCUGAGUUCUAUCUGAGGAGGGUGGGGACAGGCAGUCCAAGCCAGCAUCCUCCUCAGCAGUCCCCUUCCUGGGCGGGAGACAAUAUUUUAAAGCUCAUGUUGAGAUUUUACCCCUUGUCCAGCCAUUGGGGCCGGGGGAGAAUUGAUGGACUGGGACUCUUCAGAAGUUGUUUCUGGAAGACCAUGUCCCUUCCUUACCCCCUGCCCUUACUUUGUAACCUGGCUUAUAACAGGCCAUCCAUUUUUGUAGCACACUUUUCAAAAACAAUUAGAACCUGGUCCCAUCUUUCUAGGGCCUGAAUCUGCUCACAGAGCAGAAAGAACAAAGCCACCAACUUUUACAUAGCCCG